AUGCCAAUUCGCUCAAAACUAGAGACACGUCACGAAAAGGCCGAUGAGUACUUGGCUGAAUCGUGCCUUCAGAAGAAGACCAGCCAUCAGUCACAGAUACGGUCUUUGGAAAUGACACGUAUGGAACUAUUCUCUACUCUUGAGAGAUCAAGAUCUUUAAAAGAGAAGCUUGAUAAUUCUAGUGGUCUCAGUACUAAGAUUACUGAGAAGGUGCGACUCUUAGAUUCAGAGAAGACGAAGAUCCAGAAAAUCAAGGAUUACGUUGAACAUGUGAUCGUUUUGAAAACAGAAAUACAAAAGGCAGAUGAAUUCAUUAGACAUGAGCAAUGGAAAGAGGCUGCCACGUCUAUCAGCAUCAUUAGAAGUCUUCCUGGAGGACUUAUUCAUGACUCUUUCGUCCAGUCGGUAGUUCCAACUUCCGAUAUACCGGAAAUGCCCGAGGAAAUAGUAUCUGGAUGGAUUAAUAAACUCCGGGGUACGUUUCUUGGUGAAUUUAAUAGCUCUGCAAGUACUCGAAAUGUCGAAAGACUUACCUACUUCUUUCAAUUGUUUCCUCUCAUAGGUGAAGAGCAGCUUGGAAUGGACUGCUACUCAAAGUUUGUGUGCAGCAUUAUCAGCGAGCAGUCACGUGCCAUUCUUCGUAAUCUACCACAGGCUCCAGAGGAAUCCAAUUUCUAUGCCAGUAUCCUCUUCCAAUUGUACCAGACUGUAGCCAGUAUCGUCAAUCAACACUCCCGAGUCAUUAGAAAGUACUAUGGGGACAGUGUAAUGCCACAGAUAUUGACACAGAUCCAAUCAGAAUGCGAUUUGCAGAGUGGUUUGACAUUCGAUACUUUUUGGGAGUCCAAGAGAAUUGACGAGGUGGUCUCCAGAGUUCAACAGUAUGCAUAUCCUGUGUUGGUGAAUCUCAUAUACAAUGGUGGCGCUUCCGCUGACGAUUCUAUGGAUACCAUCAACGAUUCUAGGCCCUCAAUCGAUCUAAACGCUCUGGGUGAGGAUACCAUUCAGAGUACUCCUUCGUUGGCAGAGAUAGGGGCCUAUACAGACGAGAUCUCCGCUAUGAUGAACUACUGGGCCAUGUAUUGUAAAUUUUAUGUGGUGACAUGGAAUGAAUCUUCUUCCCGAAAAGACGCUGCUCAGAGUAUCUAUCCUAAACCGCUACUACUGUCAUCAUUUAUGGAUAAGAUCAAUAACCACGUGACGACAAAAUUCGAUGUUCUGAGCACUUUUGCAGUCCGUAGAACAAUUGAAAAGGCAUGCCAAUUAGAACAGGUACCUUCUUUUGUUCCACAACUUGCACAGUGCGCAAAGUACCUAUCUGAGAUGGAGAAAAACCAUCGAAAUUCAUCUAAUAAGUCACUACAUUCACUUUUACCGGAAGAAGCACCUGUUUCUUCCCUGAUAGAUGAUGUAACAAUGGCAUUGAAUGUAAUAUUGUCAGAAGCAUUAUCUACAGGACAGUUUAUUUGCAUCAAGGCGCUGAUUUCCAACGUCAAACGGAUAUUGGAGAACGAUUUUAUGAAUAUCAUGAACCAGAAGUUUAGUAGAGUGAGUCUACGAGCCAAUUCCACUUUAUUGACUCGACGGGCACUUGAAAAUGUACGGGAGUACAUCGAUAGGGAGAACAUCAGGGCAGGAGGUGGCAAAACGAUGCUUAGAAGAGGCACAGGUAAAAGUAAAACGGCCAACGACUCUGCCAUAGCAGCGUCUCGAGGAAGUUUGUUGGUAAAGAGUAUCAAUGCGGCAAUUAGUAUGGCCAACGAGGAAGGUGUUGGCAGUGAUAGUGGCGACGAUAAGGCUCUAGUAAACUUUAUUAUUGUACUCAACUCCGUGUCCACGUUUGGGCAGUAUUUGGGAAAGCUUUCCGAACAUCUUAUAGAGCAUUUAGAGGAGGAAAACUUACUGAUUCUGGACGAUCAAGAAUAUAAACGGGUCUUCAAAGAGUUGGAAGUGGAAGGAAGUAAUUCUUCAUUGAUCGUGAACUUGAAGAGUUCUAAAGGUACCCCAGAAAAGCCGUCCGUCCAGGAUCGGAUUGAAACUAUAGUGAGCUCGCUAAGCUCGAGCUUUACGGAGAAGGCAGAUGCAUUGAUCGACUCUCAAAUUGGAGUUCUCUUCAAUCAGGUUCUGAGAUCAAGACUAAUAAAUAUGAUCAACGAAACCUUUCAAGAGGAAUCAUACUUGGUUUCUUCUGAGAUGCUGUCUGCAAACAUGAACGAUAUUUCUGAGGCGAUCAUCCAGUUCAUUCAGGACUGGAACCGGCUCUCAAUACCGUAUUUGACGACGAUGACCAAACAGAACUUCAAUAUACUAAUCAAAAAGCUUAUCUCGUUUAUUGCUGCUCACUUAGAAUCGAAGAUUUGGGCCAUGGACAAGAAGUGUAAUGAAUUAGGAUCCGCAAACCUCGAGAAAGACGUGUCUGUGCUUAUAAGUGAGAUUACUAAGUAUAAUUAUAGUCUACGUGACGACUUUGUGAGGGUGACUCAGAUUAUCAUGCUUCUGGGUCUAGACGAUGAUGAGGAGACCGAAGACUUGAAGGAUCUCGACUGGGCGCUCAGUCCCAACGAAAGAAGUCGUGCCAGAGAUCUCAGAGUGGAUAGAAAAGUACUAUAG